ACGCAAACGGUUGUGCACGCGUUGUCGUUGUCGUACAGAAAAGAGAGUCCAAUAAUUUGAUUCAUGCGGGCGCCAAAUUAAUACGGCAAAGUAACUAAAAUACAGGCGAAAUUCUUAAAACGCAGUUCAAAAGCGCUUCUUAGGAGUGUGUGAGUUGGUCUUUCCCUCUGUCCAGAACUGAGAACAAAAUCAUAGGGAAAUACCUCAUCGACAACAACCGAAAACAACAGCAACAAGAACAAGAGCCGUACAUCACGCGAAGGAAACGUGACGUAAUUUCUGUAUUGUUCAAUCCAUUCGUCGUGUGCCGUUAUACACAGAAGCCAGGCUUUGCCAUCAACAUAAAAGCAACAAGCAGGGAGAGAGAGAGAGAGAGGCAGAGAGAGCGAAGAAGUCAGCCUUUGUGUGUGUGUGGGUGUGUGUGGGUGUGUGUGGGUGUGUGUGGUGUAACUUUGUGUGUCCGCACUCUUCGCCCAAUAAACCCUGCCACCUGCAGUUCUGGGCAGCCCCACCACUAAUCCCGAAGACCGGACAAAGAGGAAAACCAACAGAAAGCACACGACGAGAUGUUCAUCGAAGAUGAUGCGCAAAUGGACAGCUUCUGGGUGCACACCGCAAUUGGGGUGAUCAAUGCGAUCGCGUUCGUCUACGACAUCAUAACCCUGCCGGUGUGCUUCGUCCUGCAGAAGCCAUGGAAACAACGACACGACUCGCGCCGAGUGAAGGCCAAGAUCAUCAAGAAAGAUGAAAGCGAGCUGACAUACCGGACCACGGACCCGCCCCGCGAUGUGCACGUGAAGAUGCUGCAGGAGAACAUCGAUACGCUGGAGAAGGUCUUCAACUAUGUGGCCAAGACGCACUCGAACAAGCGCUGUCUGGGCACGCGCCAGAUCCUCAACGAGGAGGACGAGGUGCAGCCGAACGGACGUGUCUUCAAGAAAUACAACAUGGGCGACUACAAGUGGAGGACCUUCACAGAGGCGGAGCGGCAGGCGGCCAACUUUGGCCGCGGCCUGCGAGAGCUGGGCCAGAAGCCGCGUGAGAACAUUGUCAUAUUCGCCGAGACCCGGGCCGAGUGGAUGGUGGCCGCCCAUGGCUGCUUCAAGCAAGCCAUGCCCAUUGUCACCGUCUACGCCACCCUAGGAGACGAUGGCGUGGCCCACUGCAUCAGCGAAACGGAAGUCACCACGGUCAUCACCUCGCACGACUUGCUGCCCAAGUUCAAGACCCUGCUGGCCCAGUGCCCCAAUGUGGACACCAUCAUCUACAUGGAGGACCAGCUGCACAAAACGGAAACCACUGGCUUCAAGGAGGGCGUCAAGGUCUUGCCGUUCAACCAGGUGGUCAAAAUAGGACAGGACAGCAAAUUCGAGAGCGUGCCACCCAAGGGCGAUGAUAUUGCCAUUAUUAUGUACACAUCCGGAUCCACUGGCACACCCAAGGGUGUCCUGCUGUCGCACAAGAACUGCAUUGCCACGAUGAAGGGCUUCGUCGAUAUGGUGCCCAUCUAUCCGGAUGAUGUGCUGAUUGGCUUCCUGCCGCUGGCUCACGUCUUCGAACUGGUGGCGGAGAGUCUCUGCCUGAUGACUGGCGUUUCCAUUGGCUACUCGACGCCGCUGACCCUCAUCGAUACGAGCAGCAAGAUCAGGCGGGGCUGCAAGGGGGACGCCAGCGUGUUGAAGCCCACGUGCAUGACGUCGGUGCCACUGAUACUCGAUCGCAUCUCCAAGGGCAUCAACGACAAGGUCAAUUCCGGAUCGGCCUUCAGGAAAGCCCUCUUCAAAUUCCUCUACCAGUACAAAGUCAAGUGGAUACAGCGAGGCUACAAGACGCCUCUCAUUGACAAAUUUGUCUUCAAGAAGGUGGCUAAACUGAUGGGCGGCAAGGUGCGCAUCAUUAUGUCGGGCGGAGCGCCGCUAUCUGCGGACACACACGAACAGAUCAAGACCUGCCUGUGCGUCGACUUGAUUCAGGGCUAUGGAUUGACAGAGACCACAUCGGGAGCCACAGUGAUGCACGAGAGAGACAUGACCUAUGGACGCACUGGUGGACCAUUGACCGUCUGCGACAUUCGUCUGGUCAAUUGGGAGGAGGGAAACUAUCGCGUCACCAACAAGCCAUAUCCGCAGGGCGAGGUGCUCAUUGGUGGCGACUGUGUCUCCCAGGGUUACUACAAGCUGCCCAACAAGACCAACGAGGAUUUCUUCGAGGAGGAUGGCAAACGCUGGUUCAAAACCGGCGACAUUGGCGAGGUGCAAACCGAUGGCGUACUUAAGAUAAUUGAUCGCAAGAAGGAUCUGGUUAAGCUGCAGGCCGGCGAAUACGUUUCUCUUGGCAAGGUCGAAUCGGAGCUAAAGACAUGCGGCAUCGUGGAGAACAUCUGCGUUUAUGGCGAUCCCACAAAGCAGUUCACUGUGGCGCUCGUCGUGCCAAAUCAGAAACAUCUGGAGGAUCUGGCCGAGCGUCACGGCCUGCAGAACAAAACCUAUGAGGAGCUGUGCUCGUCGCCAGUUAUGGAGAAGGCCAUACUCAAGGAGAUUGCCGAUCAUUCACGAAAAUGCAAAUUGCAAAAGUUCGAGGUGCCCGCCGCCAUUACGCUGUGCAAGGAGGUCUGGUCACCGGACAUGGGCCUGGUGACGGCUGCCUUUAAGCUCAAGCGCAAGGACAUUCAGGAUAGAUAUCAACAUGAUAUUAACCGCAUGUAUGCCUCAUGAAAGUCAAUGUACUAAACACGCUGGUUGGUGCACACGCAACAGCAACAGCAACGACAACAACAACAACAACCAGCAUUACGAUAACUUGAGUUGAGGAGCAACGAGUUGCGACGAGACCCAGUGUGUACUGCCUGGCAGCCCAGUACCACUCCCACGCAGAGAGACACCAGCGACACAACGAUAAGCACGCAUAACAAAAUCCGAAAACCAAAUUAGCUUAAGGACCAAAAGAUCUAGGAGCUAAACCAGACAGGCGACACGAGACGAGACAAGCUCAGACAAGCGCAUGUAUAGAGAGUUCUCGUUUAUAUGUAUAUCGAUUGUGUUUCCUUUUAUUUGCCAGAGUUCUUUUGUUGCGAAUUAUACUUGUUCUUAGCCCAUAAUAAAUUGAGUUCUUGGAAGCCGAUAAGGGGUUUGGUUUGGCAGCAAUGCUCUGUGUCUGUCGGUGCUCAGAAUGGAAUGCAUAUGCAAUUUAUGAUGACCGAAUGCCUAUGAUAAUGAAAAUGAUUAUAUUGAUGAAUGAUAUGAAUGAGAAUGAGAAUAUUGUGUAAUGUACAGUUUUCGGUUUUUAGUACACUCUGUGGCAAAAACAAAUUUGCAUAAACAAUAAUUAUUUUUAUAGAAAAACAUUAAAGUAAGCUUAAGUGGUUUCCUAUUAAUUAUGUACAUACAAUAUAUAAACACACACACGCAUACAAGUUUAUAUAUAACUUAUAUAUAUAGUGUACUUCUUUAUGUAGCUAAAGCAAAAACCUAAGCGACUUGAUUAUGAAUUAAAAUAUAUAAUGCAAACAAAAAACGAUGUAAAAUAAUUAAGCACAUUUUCUUUGGCGCAACAAACAAAAAUGAAACAAAAGCAAAAGCAAAAGUGGAACCCUCCAUAAACUAUUUUUAGCACACACAAAUGGCAAAAAAGGUUACAAACGGCAGAUGUAGUAUAUAUUUUAGCUCAAUUUAGUUCAAUGAAAAGGAAACGGGCCACAAAUGUAUUUUAUGGAAUCCAGUUUGUCAAAAGCAAAAGCAAAAACUCAAAAUUCAAAUGCAAAUACGUUUUAGUCAUACUUUUUAGUUAAACUAUGUAUGAAUGUAUGUACGACCUAGGGAACGUAUAGCAAUUUUUUGUUGGAAACUGCGUUUCUUACAAAAUAAGUUAAUUUUAUUCAAACGAUUUGUUUGCAAUUUUUACGAAGUGCGUGAGUGGUGGAUUUUUUCAUAAUUAACAUUGAUUUUCGUGUUAAAUAUGGAAUGAUACGAUGCUAAUAAGACACAUUUUAAUUAUAUCUGGAUGAGUGG